CUUCACUAUAGCAGCACAAGCGGCGCACCAUCACGAGAAUUAUUCUAACCGAGAAAAUCUUGUUGCGCAGUCGCCUAAGCACAUUGGCCACCUAAACUACCACUGCCUACCAUCCCUUCAAGGUGUCCCCGCAUAUCCAAGAAAAUGUCGGAGUCACAAGACGUUCAGUCCACAGAAAGCAAAGAAAACAGUGACUCUGAAGGUUCAAGACCAAGAAGCAUUGCCGACGACAAAAAAGAAUCUUCAUACGAUGGAUACGAAACACCAAAAUCAGAGUGCACAACGACGUCAAAGAGCGACGAACCGGAAAAGAAUGUUGGCAACGACGACGAUACAAACUUUGCGAAGCCCCCAACGGACACAACAACGGGGAUGACAACCGAUCAACAACAAAACCGUUCCGCACCAAAGAAGCCCAUGUCACCUUUUGCGAAAUUUCGUCAACUAGACCGACAGAAUAGUGCACCUCUUUCGCCAAGUACUCCAAAAUCGCCGGGAAAGGAAUUUCAUUUCAAGUUUACGGACCCUGUUGUGCAGAACAAUGCAGUUCAGAUAAAGGAACGAUUAUUGGCAUGGUGCCGUGCCAAAACCAAAGAAUACGAGAACGUUCAGCUAGAUAAUUUCUCGACAAGCUGGAGCAAUGGAUUAGCAUUCUGUGCCCUACUUCAUCAUUUUAGGCCGGAAGCUUUCGAUUACCAUAGCCUUCGUCCUGAAGACCGAAGAAAAAAUUUUCAGUUGGCUUUCGAAAAAGCUGAUGAAAUCGCAGGGAUCGCGCCACUUUUAGAUGUCGAGGACAUGGUUAUGAUGCGUCGUCCAGAUUGGAAAUGCGUUUUUACUUACGUCCAAUCGAUUUAUCGUCGCUUCAAGGACGAGGAUUAGGCGAUCGGCGCACGUUGUUUUUAUUAUUGCACUCGUUUUUGUUAUUAUGUAUUAUUAUUAUUACUAUUAUUGGACUUCAGCGCAGUAUAAAGAAGAUACGAUUGGAGCUUAUAUUUUAUAUUUCUAGCGUGAAAUUAUAUGUACUGCAAGAUAUAAUAUAUAUAUAUAUAUGUUUAUAUAUUUACAAUGA